GCGUCUAUAAAGAGCGCCUGCGGAUACCGACCCGGCAUACAUCAAUCCACAGUCACUUUGCUUGACUAAUCCCCAUCGCAAUCAUCCCUGACAGGCCGAUAUUAAGGCCCAAUAGUACACUUGACUUAACCGUCUCUAUAACAUUUUACCGCGGCACCCUGCUCCCAUUUAUCUGCAGCAUCCGUUUCGGACAAGUGUAUACGAGCGGUUUCUUCCCCUGUCGAUCCGGUGACCUUUAGCAUGAUGUUCCAGUUCGGUGAUAAGCCGGUGGCCGGUGUACUGGCAGUGGUGGUGCUGGGAUGUGUGGUGUGUCUGAGUGACCUUUCCGUGGCGGAUGCCGACAUCGGGGUGGGGAUGCGGGCGGCACGGCGCGGCUUCAAGAGCUACGGUCUGCAGACGGCGCGCGGAUUCGGCAAGCGGGCACAGGAUGCGCAGGACAACAUGGUCAGUGUUGACGCCGACUGGCUGCGGGCGCUCCUCCAAAGAGCCUAUUCUUUACCGCCAAUGGACCGCGAAGAAGUGGCAGCUGGCUACGAUGCAAGGUUCAGACCGGGAGACGACAUUCUAUCGAAUAAAUGGUCUGGACAGGGCGAAGAUCCCAGGAAGAAGCGAAACGUUCUCCAUAAAGAAUAGCAUGCUGGAUGGAAGAGUUGGCUAGGAAUUUUUGUCGAACAUUUAUACAUGAUUUUCCAUUGCGAAGUCAAAAAAGAACUAGUUUUGAUGAGAAUAUUUAUAUUUUGCUGGCCAAAACAAAUAAGUCAAGCGCACGAAACUUUCUUUCGGUUAUGAAAGUGUCAUAAUUUUUCUGCAAGAAAUGCUUUUUUCGGUAAUAAAUACCCAUGUUGUCUGUUGUUUGAUGGUUGAAAUUCUGGGAUUGCUCUACAAAUAAAUGUGUUGUCGUAAAUCCGAAAUUAUAUCCUUGUGUACAGUAAGCGUGAGAAAAUCA